AUGCCGCAGCUCUCAUUCUCGCAGAGAUCCCGCGUCGAUUCGUCAUCCGUGGCUGACGAGAUCCUCUUGUAUGUUGAAGACGGCCGGUGGAUCCUCGCUCUCGUUCGUGGGACCGCGACGUCUUCUUCCUCGUACCCGCUACUCUCCUCUGCCGAAUCGCUCGCGCCACCGGCGACCAUGGCAGCGGCAGCGGCAUCCUGGUCCCGUAGGGCGCGAGGAUGGACGACGGGUGCUGCCGGGGCGAUCCAGUCGGCGAUGCUGUCACUAGAGGGUUCCAGGGACGACGUCGACGAGGACGAGAGGGUGGGGCAUAGGGUGGGGUCUUGA